AUGGGCAAGCGCAAGAAGUCUUCGAGGAAGCCCGAGGGCCCCAGGAAGGCCGACCCUCUUCCCACGACCUUCACCUGCCUCUUUUGCAACCACGAGAAAUCGGUAACAGUCAAGCUCGACAGGAAGGCCGGCGUAGGCCAACUUGAUUGCCGCGUGUGCGGGCAGAAAUUCCAGUGCGCAGUUAAUUACUUGUCCGCUGCCGUUGACGUCUAUGGGGAGUGGGUUGAUGCUGCAGAUGCUGUCGCCAAGGAAGACACAGGUAAAACCGGACACGGAGGUUUGGCAAGUAUAUCCGGCUCCUCGAAACGCGAUUACCGGAGUGGAAGACCCGCAGCCGGCGAAAGCGACGACGGACAUCACGCAGCCGGCGUCGCAGCUGCAGACGACGAGCUUUACUGA